UUUUCCAAGCAGGAAGUUACAUCGGGAACAGGUUUUCAGAAACAUUCAACAAUUCUCUGCUUUUAUUAUUCGCUGUAAUCGUUUUGUGAUGUCUGCCAGCGGUGCUUGUGAGUUGUGUGCUGUGACUCUCACCUCUCCGGUGGGGGAAAUCCUGCUGCGCGGCUGUGAGAAGGGAGUUCACACUAUUGACAUCAAACUGAACACAGACAAGGAGGAGAGUGUCUCCUGUUGUAGUGUCCACCCUGUUGUCCUGUCAGAGAUGAGCUCUGAGCUGCAGCGUUGUGUUGACUGGCUUCAAUGCUACUUCAUGAACCCAGAGUCCAUCAGUGCUCUUCCUCUGCCUGCCUUACACCAUCCGCUAAUGCAGAGCGACUCUUUUAAAGCACAGGUGCUGAAGACUCUGUUGAAGGAGGUGGGAGUUGGUAAAACGGUCUCCUACAAGCAGCUCGCUGAAAUGAUUGGAAACCCAAAUGCCGUGCGAGCAGUGGGCUCCGCCAUGAAGCAAAACCCUGUCCCGCUGAUAGUGCCAUGUCACCGGGUGCUACUCAGUUCAGGACACACUGGAUCAUACAUGGGAGGAAAGGGAGACGAUAUUAAAGUCUGGUUGCUCACUCAUGAGAAAAAAAGCAGUGGAGCUUAAUCCAUCACAGAGUAAAAAAUCCAUCUGAACACACACACACGCACACUUCUAUGCUUGUUCACAGCUUUUGUUUUUGAGUUUAAAAACGAUGACUGAUUUCUGCAUUGAUUGAACAAUUUCUAUUUAACUUGAUAAAUAGAUUAAAUAUAUAUCCAUAUUUCUUCUAGAAUUAUUCAUUUUGGAGGAAUCGGUUUGGAACUGUGAUUUUGUUGUGGUUGGAUUAGUUCAAGUUGUGAUUGUCAGUGUUAAUUUGACAAUGUUAAAAUGUUAUUUGAAAAGUCAUUUUAUGAACAAGCUGAUUAAUCCAAAGGGUUCUUGAAAAUUAAAAGAAAUAUUUUUAUGGUAUUUGUUGCCGAAAUGCAAAUCUUUGUUUUUUGCAGCAAGUUAUUUUGUAUUUUAGAGUUAUAUAAAAAUUAAGCAAAUAAACAAAGCAGAUGUUUAAUAAUGGGGGAUCAUCAAUUGUUGAAAGUUUGUAAUCAUUACUUUUUUUCAAGUCUGUAAUGUUUACAAAGCUCCACAUAUGCUCAUCCAAAACACAAGACAAUUUUUCAAAAUCUU